AAAAUCAACUUCCGGAUACUUUUGCGCAUGCGUACUUUAAUGCUAAUUGUCAAGUACCUGCUGCAAAUUGACAGUCGAGUUAGAUGUUGCUGAUGCUGACAGCAUCCUAGAAAACUUGCUUAAAGGCAAACGCAUUUUCAAUGUAGCUUUGAUUUUAACUUCAAAGUUAUACAGUAUAAAAGGUUAUCAUGCUUGACCCGUCGUCCAGUGAGGAGGAAUCGGAGAAUGAGGUUGUGGAAGAUGAAAAUUCAGAUGUGCUCAGCAUCCCUAGCAUUGAGCAGAGGAGUUUAUCCACAAGUGGGGACAACUUGAGUGCAGUGACUGGAGUCCAGAUUCAUUCGCGUUCAAACAGCAUACGUCCAAGCAGCCCAAGUGUCCAACCAGUAGAAAGACAUCAGGUAGCUGAAAGGGAAAAGGUACAUGUAGAACAAUUAGAUGCGGAGAAAUUGGAAAAAGAGGAAGAAGAGCGGAAAAAGAGAUUACAGUUGUAUGUUUUCGUCAUGAGAUGUAUUGCAUACCCAUUCAAUGCAAAGCAACCGACUGACAUGGCUAGAAGACAGACUAAAAUCACAAAACAGCAGUUACAAACUAUUAAGGAACGUUUUCAUGCAUUUCUAAAUGGAGAAACAAACAUUGUUGCAGAUGAGGCAUUUACAAAUGCUGUACAAAGUUAUUAUGAAGUUUUUUUGAAGAGUGAUCGGGUCAUGAAUAUGGUCAAAAGUGGUGGUUCAUCUGCAAAUGACUUUCGUGAAGUGUUUAAAAACAAUAUUGAAAAAAGAGUGAGAAGCCUUCCAGAAAUUGAUGGACUAAGUAAAGAAACCGUUCUUAGCUCUUGGAUGACAAAAUUUGAUUUAAUAUUUCGUGGUGAAGAAGAUCCAAGAAAGCAGGCCCAGAGAACAAUAACUGCUGCUUCUGAGUUGAUCCUGAGCAAGGAACAACUUUAUGAAAUGUUCCAAAACAUUCUUGGGGUGAAAAAAUAUGAACACCAGAUUUUAUAUAAUGCAUGCCAGCUGGACAAUGCAGACGAGCAGGCGGCCCAAGUUAGACGAGAGCUGGAUAGUCGUCUGCAGCAAGUGGAACAGAUGUGCAAGCGAAUGAGAUUAGAGCAUCUUAUCAGUCAAACCCCAGAUAUUGCUCGAAAAGGCAUAAGAUUAGAUGAGAAUCGAAAACACCCAAAGUUUGUCGUUAAGGAAAUGGAGUCGAUGUACAUUGAUGAGUUAAAAGCCCAGAUUAACCUCCUCAUGGCAAAUCUGGAGAGCCUUCCUGUCUCAAAAUCUGGGGGGUCAGACUCCCGUCUUCAAAUGCUCAAGCGUUAUCCCAGGUACACUAGGACCACACACAACACCUCGUUGUCAAAGAUGGACAUCUCGGAGGAUAACGAACCUGGACUUUCCAAGUUUGACGUCGUUCUCUCCUUUACACUGGAGGUCCAUGUAGUCGAAGUGAAGGGUCUGAAGUCGUUGGCGCCAAACAAGAUCGUGUACUGCACGAUGGAGGUAGAGGGUGGGGAGAAGUUGCAGACUGACCAGGCGGAGGCGUCGAAACCAUGCUGGGACACGCAGGGCGACUUUACAACCACACACCCACUCCCCGUUGUCAAGGUGAAACUCUACACAGAGAGCUCGGGCAUGCUGAGCCUCGAGGAUAAGGAGCUCGGGAAGGUCGUCUUACACCCAACAGGAAACAGCAGCAGACUUGCAGAAUGGCACAAGAUGAAGACGACGAAAAACACGUCCGACGACCUUUCCAUUAAAAUCGCUGUGAGAAUGGAUAAACCUCAAAACAUGAAACACUGCGGAUAUCUCUAUGCAAUUGGAAAGAAUGUUUGGAAAAAGUGGAAGAAACGAUAUUUCGUCCUUGUCCAGGUGUCGCAAUACACAUUUGCAAUGUGUAGUUAUCGAGAGAGAAAACCAGACCCUACUGAAAUGAUGCAACUGGAUGGAUUCACUGUUGACUAUUGUGAAUCGCUACCAGAGUUGGAAGGUGGGAAGUUUUUCUUCAACACUGUCAAAGAAGGGGAUAAUGUAACACUUGCGUCAGAUGAUGAGAACGAGCGUGCGUUGUGGGUGCAGGCGGUGUACCGAGCAACAGGACAGACCCACAAACCCGUACCGCCGGUCGUACACACCAACAAGAUCAGUAACACCCAGAUAUCACGGAUGCAGGGAGAUGCUGACCGUGCACGCAAGCAUGGAUUGGACGAGUUCGUUCAAGCAUAUCCGUGCGAGUUUGACCACCAUGAACUUUUCAAAAUGCUCCAGACUCUAACAUUGGACUACCGGCUCAAUGAUGCAUACACUUGUUUGGGAUGGUUCAGCCCAGGUCAAGUGUUUUGUCUAGAUGAAUACUGCGCGCGUUACGGCCUACGUGGCUGCCACCGUCAUCUUUGCUACCUUAAUGACCUUCUGGAGCGGGCGGAAAACGGCACCAUGAUCGACCCAACCCUGAUACACUAUAGUUUUGCCUUUUGUGCAUCACACGUCCAUGGAAACAGGCCUGACUGUAUUGGGACAGUGUUGGUGGCAGAAAAGGAAAAGUUUGAUGAAAUUAAGGAAAUACUUCGAAUUCUUCUAGAAAACCAAAUAACGCAUUUCAGAUACUGUUUCCCGUUUGGACGACCAGAAGGAGCGUUGAAAGCCACGUUAUCAUUACUUGAAAGGGUGUUGAUGAAAGACAUCGUCACCCCAGUGCCACCUGAGGAGGUCAGAUCGGUCAUCAAGAAAUGCCUGGAGAACGCUGCCCUUGUAAACUACACCAGAAUAUCCGAAUAUGCCAAAAUAGAAGUAGACUACCCGGAAGUAUUCCCUGAUCCUGAUGGGGAUGGGGAUGAUGAGAAUUACAGUGAGGAUAAUGCUGCAUCAAAGAAACGUCUUGAUGAUGUAAUGCAUUUAGCAGAGUUAUGUGUUGAGGUCCUUCAACAGAACGAGGAACAUCAUGCCGACCAUAGCUUGGAGGAGACGGAAUGUUUUAUUGAUGAUGCAUUUGCCUGGUUCAGUGACCUGUUAGUGGAGCACGCCGAGAUUUUCUGGUCCUUGUUUGCGGUGGACAUGGAUGCAGCGUUGGAGGCCCAGCCACCGGACACAUGGGAUAGCUUUCCCCUCUUUCAGAUGUUGAACGAUUAUCUACGAAUGGAUGAGAAUCUGUUCAAUGGGAAGUUCCACCUACACCUGCGUGAUAUGUUUGCGCCACAGGUGGUGCGCUAUGUUGACCUCAUGGAAUCCUCAAUUGCUCAGUCAAUACAUCGGGGCUUUGAGAAGGAGAGAUGGGAACCACAGGGGAAUGGCUGUGUGACGUCAGAAGACAUGCUUUGGAAGCUGGAUGCCCUGCAGUCGUUUAUCCGCGAUCUGCACUGGCCGGAGGAAGUUUUUGCAGAGCAUCUCGACCACAGGCUGAAGCUUAUGGCGGCUGACAUGAUUGAGGCUGCUGCUAAGAGGUUAAGAACAUUGAAGUCGUUUGAGACCUACUUGAGAAAGGGCAGUAAAAGCACAGAUUACUUCGUACCACCAGAAGUAUGUGUCAUGAUGAACACAAUCAUUGACUGUAAAAACAAGGCUUUACAUUUGUGUGCCCUUGACAGCGGGGAUAUGAAACGCAUGCUAACAAAUGGCAUUUCAAAAUCUGGUCCAGAAAAUACGCAUCAGUAUCACACCAAAAUAGAUGAGUUUUUGGAGAGAGUCCAGGUCCAGAUGGUCAAGUGUAUCAUUGAAAAGAUGCUGUCAGUCUUAGAGUCUGUUCUUAGCAAACUGUCCAGAUAUGAUGAGGGCACAUUCUUUUCUUCCAUUCUCUCCCUAACAAAACCUGUGAACGAGCUGGGCAAGGCGUACGUUGACUUCAUGCGAGGCAACCUGGACAUCUUGCGACAGAAAAUCGUUGAUGAACUCUUUGUACUGUCCAUUUUUGAGCAAUGGUAUGAUGAUCAGAUGAAAAUGGUCUGUGAUUGGCUGACGGACCGGCUUGACCUCUCUCUUCAUCCAUACCAACUCACAUGUAUCAUGGCUAUUACACGCAAAUGUUACUCAGACUUUGAACUGCAAGGAGUGUUGGAGCACACACUUAACAGCAAAACCUACAAGACCAUUGGCAGCCGAUUACAGGUAGAAGAGGCGACCCAAUCUGUUACACAGUCAGACAGCAGCAGUCGUACACGGUUCCUUCCUGGGGUCGGCAGUAAUGCCAGCGGCAGCGGAGAUGAAUCAGAUUAAUCGAAUGCACCAUGUCAGUGUGGACGCAAAUUUACCAUACCAUGGCUCAAUCGCCACCCUGCACGUUACAUCCCUUUGCAGUACAGAAACACUGCCAUGGCGCAUUUCAUGUGAUGAUAUGGGUUCAAAAUCUUAAGAUAUUUAUUUACUUCAAAUAUAUUUUAUCUUUUGGAUAUUUAAAAUUCACUAAUUUAAUUUAAUAAAGAUUUAGACAAAACAGGAAAGCAAUGAGAUAUAAAUAAAUUUCUUAAAGAGUAAUUUGGCUGAAAUCCAGUUACUUUUUGGAUAUGGUGGCCGAGAUCUUCACUGCCCAUUAGGGGAGAUGACUGCAUAGCAGAUGGACCAUUCAAUGCACGUACUUCAAUGCACGUCAGGGGAGAUCACUGUGUUGGAGAUUGACCAUGACUGUAAAUUUUAUUUUGCAAUUCAUGUAAGCAUCCAGUAGGACCUUUGUUCCUGUUAUUCAUUAUAUAAACUGCUUGUAUUUUAUACAGUGUAUUUGAAGCACCAGUUUAAAAAUUCCGUCGAAAAAGUCAUUCCAAAAUUUGUCAGGCAGAUUUCAUUGUAAAACCAUUUUGUUAGUAUUUUCAUGUAAUGUGUAAAGCUGUACAGUGUAUUCUUACAAUGUAUGUUAGAAGAAUGAACAAACAUUUUAUUGAACCUUUAUUUAGAUUGUUAUGAUGUUUAAGAUGUAAAUUUACUAAAAUAUAUAUAUAUGCAAUGGGGAAGCGCUCCAAUUUUGGCCAUCAUAAAGCAUAAGUGUAAAUCCCAUCAUUUUUUUUUCACUUUUAAGGGAAUGGUGCCAGGGCCCUUUCAUAGCCAUACAUGCCAGAUUUCUGAGAGGCUUCCCAGGGCCCUUUCAUAGCCAUAAUGCCAGAUUUCUGAGAGGCUUCCCAGGGCCCUUUCAUAGCCAUACAUGCCAGAUUUCUGAGAGGCUUCCCAGGGCCCUUUCAUAGCCAUACAUGCCAGAUUUCUGAGAGGCUUCCCAGGGCCCUUUCAUAGCCAUACAUGCCAGAUUUCUGAGAGGCUUCCCAGGGCCCUUUCAUAGCCAUACAUGCCAGAUUUCUGAGAGGCUUCCCAGGGCCCUUUCAUAGCCAUACAUGCCAGAUUUCUGAGAGGCUUCCCAGGGCCCUUUCAUAGCCAUACAUGCCAGAUUUCUGAGAGGCUUCCCAGGGCCCUUUCAUAGCCAUACAUGCCAGAUUUCUGAGAGGCUUCCUAGGGCCCUUUCAUAGCCAUACAUGCCAGAUUUCUGAGAGGCUUCCCAGGGCCCUUUCAUAGCCAUACAUGCCAGAUUUCUGAGAGGCUUCCCAGGGCCCUUUCAUAGCCAUACAUGCCAGAUUUCUGAGAGGCUUCCUAGGGCCCUUUCAUAGCCAUACAUGCCAGAUUUCUGAGAGGCUUCCCAGGGCCCUUUCAUAGCCAUACAUGCCAGAUUUCUGAGAGGCUUCCCAGGGAUUUAUGGUCUGAAUUCCAGGGGAUUUUGAUAUUACACCUGGGGAUUUUUACGCUGCGAAAUCUUGCACAAUAUGUACAUUUAUGAUAUCAAAAUAAAUACAGAAACACACUCUAAUUACAAUAAUUUUUGGACUAAGUCAUCAUGGUCCUUCAUGGAAUUUCACACUCAUAAUAUCAUGGAUGCUUUCCACUGUCAACCUUGAGCUAGUUUAAAAGAUAAAAAAAUAUUUAUUUACUUUUUUUAAAUUCCAGGGGAUAUGGAUCCCCCGGUGGGGGACCAGGGGAUGGGUCAGAAUUCAAGGUGAUUAUUCCCCCCAACAGGGGAUAUGGCAUGUAUGCAUAGCGUUGUUUUGGCAAAUAGGGGAAAAAACUAACUACAUGUAUCGUUAAUGGCGUAUAUUGUGCAUUGUUCGUAUUAUUGGUCAUCUUCACCUUUAAAGUAAACUUUCAUUAUGUAUUUUAACAAAAAAUGAUAUAAAAAGAAAACAAAUGUUGUUUUAGGCUUUUAAUUUGUUUUAUUCGUUUCAUUUUAUACAAGUAUGCACUACAGAAAUGAACAACAAUCAGAAUAACAAUGAACGAAAAUUAAUAGCAUACAUAAAAAAGUGAACGAAAUUCAAAACAAAGUUCAGUUUUUUAGUUGUUUACUCUACAAAUUAUUUUUUUUUAAAUCAGUUUUUCGUACUUUGUAAUUGUUGUUUACCUCAUUAAGAUUCAUAAUUCUUGAUUUAAAAUAUCAACCAAUCAAUUGUGAUAAUCAUUGCAAAAAUAGUUAAAUUACUAAAAAAUCAAUUCUCGUAACGGUCGAUACUCUUUUGCUCGUUAGCGUCCAUUGUUUGGUGAAAGUUCUCUAAUUGGUAUACAUUAGAAUUGUGUAGGUGAAAGUACCGCUAUCAAAACUUCGCUAACUGACAUCUGUGCUAAUUUGAAAUAUGGGUCCUUUGUUGACAGUUUGCAACUAUCACAACAACUGUCAACUAAUUGAUUGAGGUCAAUUGUGUACACAGCGGGGAUUAGAGGGACCGUAAAUUGUCCUAUUGGCAACUAACCAGAUCUGAUAUUCUGUCUGUAAAUCGUGUAUUUGGUGAUUUUUAUAGAUUUUUUUUCCGAGUACUCGAGUAGUGAUUUGGUACUCCAGUACUCGGACGUUCGAUCAAGUACUCAAGUACUCAUUGCCAUCCCUACUUUUUACAGAAUUCAUUUUUUCUGUAUAUUAAUUAUUGAUCGGCCACUAUUAACAGUAUGUUUGGUGUUUUUCCCGAUAUUCUCACAAAACACAUGAUACCCAAAAAUCUUAUUAGCGUAUCAGGUGUUAACACUGUUUGUUCAUUUUCAGUUAUUUUAUUUAUUACAGUAAAUUUACUUCUAAGGAAGUUCGAAAAAUGACACCAACACCUUAAAAGUGAGUUUGGGAAAGUCAACCAAACUCUUUACGAACGGUGGCGGUAAGACCAAUGACUUUUGAUCCCAAUUUCAAUUAUUCAAUAAGCUUGGGUGUAUAUUAAAGUCAGUAUUUAGUUGAUCAAUAUGUACAUGUAUGAACAAAAAAUAUGUAUAAAUGUAUAUAACAAUCACAAUCACUAGAAGCCAUUACAUAAUCUUAGGUGUUGUCUGUUUUAUACCCCCCCAUGUUUGAGUGGAUCGGUGUUUUAGAAGUUUCUUCAAUGACUGUAUUAUAUAUAUUUCAAGUUUUUUUCACAAAUUCUGUAACAAAGUAUAAAGGUCUGUGAGUGUGUACAGCAUUUGGGAAUUAAGGCUAAAUUGAAGUUUUCCCUUCUUCAAUUUCUUGAUGUUGAAAUUUUCUGAUAUUUUUUUUUUAAACAAGAUAAAAUGGAGGCUUUUUUAUAUGAAAUAAAUAACAAGAUAGAUUGAAACUGAUUCAGUUCUGCAUGUGAAACUCCAUCAAAGCUUGUCACUUAAUAUUUAACAAUACCAUCACUUAAUUUUGGACUUUUUGAAAUGGCAAUACAUAUUUUCAUGCAAAAUUGUACAUUUUCUAUCAUAAUAUUUGCUCAUGUUUUAAAUCUCUAUCUAUUACUGUGAAAUCAUUCAUGUUCAUGGUGGUCUACUGUUCACACAUUUUUUGCUGUGAAACAAGUGCAAAUGUAUAUACCAUUGUAAAAAACUUACAUAAAACUCUGAAUAUAUUCAGUUGUCAUUUUAUUUUAAUAUAUUUUCGCUUUUAAGUUAAAAAAGCCCAAGUUUUAGAAGUACGGAGGUUUCCAAAAUAGUGUGAAAAUUGAAUCCCAUAAAAAUGAAUCAUUUCGCAGUAUUUUGUAACAGAUCUGUAACAUACAUAAAUUAUACUUGUUUACAUUAUUUUAUACUAUUUAUUCUUGCAGUGAAUAUUUAUGUCCCAGUAAUAUAUGGUGUACAAUGGUUUUUGUAAGAGAGAUUGUGAAAUGCUACUUUUACAUGUACAUGUAAAAUAGUAACUUAGUGCUAUGACUACAAUUGUAAAGGGUCUUGUUGAUAUUGUUGGGCCAUGUUAAAGCUGCACUCUCACAGAGAUACCGUUUUUACAACUUUAUUUUUAGUCUUGGAAAUAGCACAUUUUUGCGUAAAUAUCUGCAAACAAAUAAUAAAAGAUUGCUGACAAAAGAUCAAAUCGCAUACUCAUAUUUCUGUUCGAAAACUAAUGUUUUAUGGCUUAAACCAUUACUAAUAGUUUAAGAAAAACGCAUAACACAUCAAUUUUGGAACUGAAAUAUAAAAAUCUGUGAUCUGAUUUUAUGUCAGCAGUCUUAUAUAACUGGUUUCCAUACAUUUGCAUAAAAAAAUUGGCUCGUUCCAAGACAAAACAAUAAAAAAAGUUGCCAAAACGUUCAAUCUGUGAGAGUGCAGUUUUAAAUGUGUGAUCUGUUAUACACUAUUUUACACAUGGUCACGAGUUAGUGUAACAUACAAAAUCACUAGGAAACAGUUUUGUAUCAGCCUGGAGAGUUUUGUGAAUUAUAUUUAGUCUGAUUGCAACUUUUACUUCCACAAGUAUUGUUCACAUGUACUGCUACAAGUAGCUUUUUACAGCCUUUAAUAUCAGAGAAACUUGUGUUCAUUAAUUUUGCAUUUCUUUUACUCUCCGCUAGUCUCAGCCAUGUGAAUCUUGACAAUCUUACGCAAUAUUACAGCCUGGAGAGUGUUCAAAGUGUUUUAGUUGGUCAUUUUGUUUUCUACCAAAUGAAUUUGAUUUAUUAUUUAUGUUAUAAGUACAACUGUUCCUAUUUUCAUAAUAUUUCUGUGAUUGUAUAUCUGAAUAAAGUUUUAAUUUUAAUGCUCAUAGGUAAUGAACGAUUGAUUUUCACGAAACAUAGAUUUUUUAUAAGCCAAACAUCAUUGAAUGAUUGAAAUAGUGAUUUUUUGGUAACAAAACCGUAUCUUUGGGGAUACUGUUUUAGCUCCAACUUUUCUUACAUAUUGUAUAUAUGUGUGUACAUGAAUAUACCAUCUUUUAUCCUUAUCCUGAGUAUUUUCUUGUAAUUGUGUCACCUGGAAAGCAUGGUAGACAUGCAGGGAUUACUUUGUCCUGUGUCGUCCUGACGUUAAUGAUCAAUUCCUCUUGAAUGACUUGUUGAAGUUUUCAAACUUAGAGUGCACAUUGGUUCUUAAUUGGCAGAUGACCCCUGGGGUCAGUAGGUCAAAUGUCAAUGGUGACCAUUACUAGAAUCGGAUAAGUGCUCUCGACAGGCGACGUAUCCAAUUUGCGGAAAUCUCAGAAAAUUGUAAUUAUAUAUCAUGUUGUUUAAUACUGUUUGAAAAGGGACCUCUUACUAUGAAAAUAUGCAAGUAACAUUUUCAACCCUGAUUGUGUCUUUAUUUUGUUAAACAGUCUUAGAUUAAUCCCCUAUGAAAGCUUUUACCUUACCAUUGAUAUUGUUACCUGAAAAUUAGAAAAAAAAAAAUUCAAAAAAAAAUUAAACAUAUAUCAUGACAAGUCAACUACUUCAAUUACUUGAUACAAUAAUGUUUGACAAUAUUAUUAUAAAAAAACAAUGUUAUGAAAUAAUUGAAUCGACAAAAUGAAGAAAUUGUUUUAUGGCUAUGGUAGUUUGUGCCGGUCUCAUCAUGCAAAAUCUUUAAUGUUGGUCAUAGCUUGAAAAAUAUUAAUAAUAUUAACAUAAAACUUGGUAUAAAUGCUCACUAUGACUGUUAACACAUGUGUAGCAAGUCUUAUGACUUUGGCUCAAUUUUUUUCCUGUCAAAUUCUUACUCUCGUGAUCAGGGCUUAUGUUUUCCCCCUCCGCUACAUGUAGUUGCAAUAUAUAUAGUGCUUACAUCCACGUGCAAUAUCUUAUUAUUAUCUUAUGUACAGAAUUCCACUGUUUUCUCAUUUCUCUUUGGUAUUAUAUUGUGAUCUGCUUUAGUUUUCUGUUAUUGUUACCAGUAAUUUAUUUUAUAGUUUUAUUUCUUGUUAACAUUAUAAUUUUUAUUGUAUAAAAUAACAAUGUUAUUGUUCACUUGGUGUUGAAGCCAAUUGAUGUUUAGAGUAUAUCAAAUACAUAUAAAUGAAAAUGUG